UCUAGUUGUUUGGGAUCCGCAAUACUGCAGAAGAAGACAUGUAACAACAACAACAAAAAAAAAAAAAACAGGAAAUGUCACUUUCCUUUCGCCAGUUAUGCUAGAUCAGUUUCAUACGACAAACCGUAUGGACGUCAUAUUAAUAGUUAGUUUCCGGAUGUAGCUAGUGUAGUUUUAAACUGGCUAGCUCACCUGCUGAGUGCUGUGAGUUAUGAUACGGUAACUGGCUCUUCACGGACAUGCCGAAGUCCAAAGGAUUACUUGACUUCUGAAUGCAUCUACCAUGUGUUUGUUAACAAAACAUGACAGGGAGUUGCUUGUCAACGUUACAUCUCUGUAUCAUGUUUCUGUAACUUAGUGGUCUAGCAUGACCUGAUUUUAAUUCGGUUGGAAUCUCGUCGGGGUUUUUUUUUUUUUUUUUAAUGAAAGAAGAGACAUGGGCGAUGUGAUCGUUCUCAGCUCCGACAACGAUGAAGAGGACUCUGAUGUGGAGAUAGUCGGCUCUUACAGUCACUUCAUGAGUAGAGGUGACCCACUGCCCCUCACAGCGGUGCGAGUAGACGUUGAGUCUUUGAACGUCAACGUCCCCACGGGUUAUAUUAACCUCACGGAUCCAAGAUGGACUCUUCCAGACCUGAAGGUGCACAAAAGAAAAAAUUCCACAUCCUUGGCAGUGAUGGACCUGACUGAGAUUGUGACGAAAGAGGAGUCAGACAAUUUGCCUCCAAACUACUGUCAAAUGAAGGAAGAAAGUAAAAAUAAAAUUCAUACUUUAAACGAACAAGAUUUUAACAUACAGAAGAGCCCUUCAAGUGACUCAACUGCACUACAGGAAGACUGUUUGAACCUAAAGCAGAGGCAGAUAUGUUUGGAUUCUCAAAGCCACCAAAAGCAGACCACCAAAGAAAAUCAUUGUGUGCCAACUAUAAAAUUAAAACGGAUGCCUUUUCUUGAAACUCAUGUUAAAGACCUGAAGAUGCCAAGUCGUUCUGUAUCCUUAACCAAAGAUCCUAUGCAAAUGUCACCGAACUUUAUUCAACAAGGUAUUACCAGUGAAACACCAGAGUGCAGCAAAGAUCUGAGGACAACUUCUGUAUCAAAUAGUCUCCAUACAGAACCCCUACUUGACAAUUCACUUUCUCAGACUAUUAUUUCUCCUGUCAGAAAAAAACAAGAAGAACUUCCAAGCAAGCCGUUAAAUGUUGAAAUGUCUCAGCGUGUACAGAGCCCUACUGACUUUGCCUUCGGAGAUUCGAGGGAGAACAGCACUUUUGACACAAGGGAUGACCUUUGCUCAGACAUUUUUAUUGACUCUUCAUCAGUCCCUUUUUCACCUUUUAAAGAAACACAUGAUCCCUUUCAAAGUCAGGUCCUCUCCUCUGAUCCAGAAAAACUGAUAUCAGAUAAAGCAGACUCUGCACAAAGUGUUCUCUCUAAUCACUCACCCCUCUACUCUACUGCUACCAGACUGAACCUUUCUGAGCACACUGACCUCAACUGUCUGCCCAAAACAAGUCCCCAAACUCUGAACUUCAAGAGCGAAGUUGACGCAGCGCCCACCUCUGGUUAUACAUCAGCUGAGAAUAUGUAUAAAUGGCAAAUGAAGACGGUUAAGGUUGAUGAGGCAUCAAACAGUUCUGACCUCCUGGACUGGAGCAUCCCCUGUGAACCUCUUUUGUCUGUGCCUAAAACUGAUGACAUGGAUAGCAGAUCGGGGAGCUGGCAAUAUGAACAGGAUCGAGGCAUUGACAGCCCAGUGCCUUAUACUUGGCAAGAGGUAAACACAGAGAGCAGAUUUGAUGAGGACUUCAGGGCAGCCAGUCGUGACGACAGACAUUUUGUGUGCCCAGUUACACUCAAGAAAAUAAUGUCCGGACCAGCUCCAGCCCUGACGGUUGAGAAAGAAGAAGGAUUUAGAUCUCCAAAGUUGCUAUGUCGUCAGAGCCUGAGCCUGGUUUACAGUACCAUUGAUGAGAACUACCCAGAGGGCACUUUGCAGCUCCUGUCUGACCUUCUACAGCCUGGUUUCUACCCUCCCAGGGAUAUCACAGUCCACCUGAUGAAUGGCAUUCUGCUCGACCCAAAGUGUCCUUAUCAUCUGUGUGUGCAGGCCUUUAGUCUGCUGAUGAGGACACAGAGACAUCACAUUGCGGAUAAUUCGAGAGUUCCAUGGGAUUGGGAGCUGUUGACCACAUGCAUGAUUAAUCAGGACAACAUGAAGAGACAUCAGACUGACGUCUUGCGCAUGCUCCUGGAGUAUGUUGUGCAGACUUUGGAGGAUGACUUCAAGGCCAAACAUUCUUCCUCUACCCUACAACACUCCAUCGCGAAGGCAACACUGUCAUGUGAUAAGCAGUUCCCUCGUGUCAAGGAUGUCAUCAAGUGGCUCUUCACAGCCAUCGUGAAAUCAACAGAGAAUGGAGAGAGUAGAGAAGCAGCCAGAGAAAGAGAUGAACAAAUGAGAAUCGUCUACAUCCUCCAGAGGAUGCUGUCCUUGGCUCUGGAGGUGGACCGCUCUCCAGCGCUCACCUCUGCCAAACUGUCCCAGGAGCUAUUCCUUAUGCUCAUUGGCAGUGUGCACAUACGAGCACACAGGAUGUUGUUGCUGGAGUGCCUGCAGAGUAAACUGCUGAGAUGUAAGCUGUUGGAACAUCUGUUGGACUAUGCUUGCCCACUGAAAGUCUCUGUACCCAUGUCGCUCAGUCUUUUGCUGCAUUUUCUGAAGCACUGCACUCUGGUUCCUGACCCAAUGGACGGAACUGAAAGGUGGAAGAGGUGGGAAGAGUUGGUCCAUCUUCUCUGGAUGUUGCUGCUCAGCUACAACAAAGCAAUGAAAGGAUAUCUUUGCAGCUCAGUGGUGGAACAAAGCGGCAGAGUUGGCACAACGGUCUUCAAGCAGGAUGAUAUAGUGUCCAAACCUGCAGUUCAUGAAGCUAUAAAGGCCUUUCUAUCAAGAUCCCAGGAAGACCUCGGCCAGGCCUUACCUCUCCAUGUUGAGGAGUCCCUCACUUAUCUACAGGAUUACCUGCUAGAUGUCUGUCAGUCUUGAUUAAAAACACUUGUUGAUGUUUUUUUUUUUUUCCUUUCCAAUCUGCAUUGUGUUAAUUUAAUAUUUAUAUAUAUUUUUUAGAUUGGAUUUUUAAUAUUUUUUAAAUAAAGGCUGGGCCUGGCUGAAUUCUUGUUCUUGAAAUAUAAA